AUGGCUACCCCAGAGCAGCAAAACCCUCACAACUCCGUCCCCCGCACACUGGAGAGCCUCGUGUUUGCGUGCGUCUCGGACUUUGUGGGAGCGGGCAUCGGCGAGGCCGUCGCCAGAAGGGGACGCGUGUUCGCCAGGCUGGCCAGCCCCUAUCAGGACGUCCAGCUGACGGCGGUCGGGGUCGUCGAUGCCAGCAUGGCCAGCGUAGAGGAGCAGUUCCAAAGCAAUACAGAGCAGUCCUGA